UGGACUCACCCUUCGGAUCUGCUGACGCUUCCUUUCAGCCUAGGUGCUUGGGGUGAGGUGCCAAAGGUUCCCUAUAAAGUGCUGGGGCUCCGGCUGUGUCCACUCGACCUCCAGCUCCUGUCCUGUCCCGCCAAGAGGGACCUACCUGUGAUCACCAUGGUGAGGCUUGUGCUGCCCAACCCGGGCCUGGACGACCGAAUCCCCUCCCUGGGGCAACUGGAGGUCCUCGAGAAGGAGGAGGCCAGCUCGCGGCCCAAGUGGGACAACAAGGCCCAGUACAUGCUCACCUGCGUGGGCUUCUGCGUGGGCCUGGGCAACGUCUGGCGCUUCCCCUACUUGUGCCAGAGCCAUGGCGGAGGAGCAUUCAUGAUCCCGUUCCUCAUCCUGCUGGUGGUGGAGGGCGUCCCCUUGCUGUACCUGGAGUUCGCCAUCGGGCAGCGACUGCGCAGGGGCAGCGUGGGCGUCUGGAGCUCUAUCCACCCAGCCCUGAAGGGCAUAGGGAUUGCGUCCAUGUUCGUGUCCUUCAUGGUGGGCCUCUACUACAACACCAUCAUCGCCUGGGUCAUGUGGUACUUCUUCAACUCCUUCCAGGAGCCCCUCCCUUGGAGCACGUGCCCGCUCAACGACAACCUAACAGGCUAUGUGGAGGAGUGCACCCGCAGCUCUUCCGUGGACUACUACUGGUACAGAGAGACCCUCAACAUCUCCACCUCCAUCAGCGACUCGGGCUCUGUGCAGUGGUGGGUUCUGCUCUGCCUGACCUGUGCCUGGUGUGUCCUCUACGUGUGCACCAUCCGUGGCAUCGAGACCACCGGCAAGGCUGUGUACAUCACCUCGACACUGCCCUAUGUCGUCCUGACCAUCUUCCUCAUUCGGGGACUGACACUAAAGGGAGCUACCGACGGUAUCAUCUUCCUCUUCAAGCCCAAUAUCACGGAGCUGUCCAACCCACUGACUUGGCUGGAUGCGGGGGCCCAGGUCUUCUACUCCUUCUCGUUGGCCUUCGGGGGCCUCAUCUCCUUCUCCAGCUACAACUCCGUCCACAACAACUGUGAGAUGGACUCUGUAAUCGUGUCCGUCAUCAACGGCUUCACAUCCAUGUACGCAGCCACCGUGGUCUACUCCAUCAUCGGCUUCCGAGCCACAGAGCGCUAUGACAACUGCUUUAACCAGAAUAUCCUGACACUCAUCAAUGGGUUUGACUUGCCCGAAGGCUCUGUCACCGAGGAAAACUUUCUGGAGGCACAGCAGUGGUGCAAUUACUCUAACCCCACGGCCUUCGCCCAGCUGCAGUUCCAGACCUGCAACAAAGACUCUUUCCUGUCAGAGGGCGUGGAGGGCACGGGGCUGGCGUUCAUUGUCUUCACGGAGGCCAUCACCAAGAUGCCCAUAUCCCCUCUGUGGUCCGUGCUCUUCUUCAUCAUGCUCUUCUGCUUGGGCCUGUCCUCCAUGUUUGGGAACAUGGAGGGCGUGGUCGUGCCCCUACAGGACCUCAAAGUCUUCCCCAAAAAGUGGCCCAAGGAGGUGAUCACAGGUAUCAUGUGCUUGGUGUCGUAUCUCAUCGCCUUUGUCUUCACUCUGAAUUCCGGCCAGUACUGGCUCACCCUAUUGGACAGCUAUGCUGGCUCCAUCCCCCUGCUUAUCAUCGCCUUCUGCGAGAUGUUUGCUGUGGUCUACGUGUACGGCGUGGACAGGUUCAACAAGGACAUCGAGUUUAUGAUCGGCCACAAGCCCAACAUCUUCUGGCAAAUCACGUGGCGAGUGGUCAGCCCACUGCUCAUGCUGGUCAUCUUCCUGUUCUUCUUUGUGAUCAACGUCAAUAAGGAGCUGAUAUAUAGCGUCUGGGACCCUGCCUAUGCGGAAUUUCCCAAAUCUGAGAAGGUCCCAUACCCAGGCUGGGCGUACGGCGUGGUGGUUGUCGUUGCUGGUGUGCCCUGCCUCACCAUCCCUUGCUUUGCCAUCUACAAGCUCAUCCGGAACCACUGCCAGAAGCAAGAAAGCCACCAGGGGCUGGUCAGCACCAUGUCCACGACCUCCGUAAAUGGGGACGUGAAGUAUUGAGUGCCCCGCCUAUGGCUGCAUGUGUGCAUGUACAUAUGCAUGUGUGAGCAUGUGAGCGUGCGCAUGAGUAUAUGUAUAAAAGCAUAAAUGCAUGUAAUCAUAUAAGUGUGCACACGUGUGUAUGCACAUAGGUGAGAGUGUGUAUAAUGCAUAUACAUGUGUUAUAUGUAUAUGUGUACAUGUGUACAAGUCAUGUGCACAUGGGUAUGUGUGCACAUGUGAGUGUGUACACACAUGCUUUUGUGUAUGUGUCAGUAUGAUUUUUGUGUACAUGCCCUGCACAUGUGUGUAUAAAUACAUAGAAAUAUACACGUGUGUAAGGAUGUGUAUAUAUGCAUAUACAUGUGUCUUGGUGAAUACAUGUGUCUGCACAUGCUGGUUGUAUAUUUAUAAAUGUGUGGGUAUGCAUGUGACAUGUAUAGUAGUGUGUGUGUGUGUGUGUGUGUGUGUGUGUGUGUAUUCAUGUGUAUGCAUGUUGUCCUGCAGUAUACAUGUCUCCCACGUGGGGCCCAGCUGUCCUCUUGAUUCCCUGCAUCACGAAUAUGGUGGGACCUAUGCUCAGGUCCUGCCCUGCCUUCCGAGGGAAAGUCUGUCAAAAGCGACAGCAGGGAGGCCAUGGGAGACGGGCAUGUGUUGCUGUCCUGGCUCCUUGGAACAGUCCUGUUGCCCCGCCCCGUCCCUUCGCUGUCCCCCUGUGACCUAGGAGCUCCUGCUGUAAGGUUGCCGUUUUACCCCAUGAGGAGGAGCCCCAGCUGCCAGAGGCUCCAGCCCCUCGGCCAGUGAGACCUGCCUGUCCGCCAGCUGGCAGGGAGUCCUGAGUCUUGGCAAUGUUCAGCUUAAUAAAUACUAACCCAUUUAAUCAUUGCUUCUGGCUGCCAUGAAUAGAUGACAGUUAAAUAAAACUCAACUUGGCAUAAUUUAAGGCAGAAACACCCUUUGUGUUUUUUUUAAGAGGACAUUAACUGUGUGAAUUUUUAGCCUGAUGUUGGGAAAGAUGGGUUACAGGGUAACUCGACUUGGUCACUAAGGUUGAGGACAGCUCAUACGUCCUGAGCAAUGUCAGGAACCGUGAGUUCCUGCCAGACCGUCUGCUUGGGGCCACUCAGUGAAGGGAAGGUCUCCUCCCAUCCUGUACGCAACAUUCAACCUCAGCCAAAGUCACUGGGCACUUGGGGUGUUUAUUUCAAUGAACUAGCCACUUCCAUUUCCCAUGGAAACAUCUGGAAGUUGAAGUUAAAGUGGACUUUCUGAGAGUUCUCUGGGCAGGGAUGGGAGAGCUGAGUGGAGGGUGGGAUCUGCUUCCAAGUCCCAUCCGUCCACUGGAGAUGCUCCACGCACGCUCCCCUCUUCCAGCGAUUCCUGUGCAACAGAUUUCAUCCCCAAAGCCCGGCUGAGAACCUCCUAACACCUUGGCGUGUCUAGAGGCCUCCUAUGUGGCCCAUCACCUGGCCAUCAUGAUUGAUAGAAACCUCCAGAGGUGGAAUGGGAGGCCUGCCGACAGCUCUCCACCCCUGGCCACGAUAGUGCAUCCCUGCCCAGGAGGCCCACGGGCACCAUGACGCUCUGGACCCCACCCCCAGGUGCCUCUGGCCUCUGUGGGAACUCACCUCCUUCUCUUCAUGAAGUUCUUCUGACCCUUGGCUGGGAAACACUCAUCAGCAUCUGGGGAUGCAGGAGAGGGGAGACUGGGUGGGCAAAACCCAUCAGUUCCUGUCCCCUGAUGAAUGCCUCAUUUUACAGAAGUGCCAUCUUUGCAAAUGGUCAAACAUGCAGGUUUUAUGAGCAUAAAGUAUAUAAAUAAACCAUUGUAUUUCAUA